AGAAUUGUAUCGACGUCAUUGCCGAUUUACACCUUAUGGGGAGCCAUUUCUCCACAAGAUUACCCCAUAGCCCGCUUGCUUUCAUCGAACUCGCUCUUACAAAUAAUGGAGGAUAUCGCAUUUCCCUCAAGCAACAAAGGUUCGACUGUUCCAAUCUGUAUUGGAACGAAAGAUUAUCAUGUCGAUAUAAAGAAGAUACCAUACUUUGAAUCAUAUAUAAGAUUUCAAGAAUCUGCUGGUCAAAGCAUGACUGCUGUGGUAACUCAUGAUGAUUUGCCUUUCUUUGACGUUAUUAACGAUAGAGUGACCAACGGGUUCCGCCAAAUUUUACGCAAGAUGCCAACCCAACUCAAGGACUACCACGUGCUCUGCGAAACAAUCGAAUUUUGGUGUGUUGAUGUUCUAUCGAACCGCAAUUUGCACGAUAUUAUGAAAGAUUUCAGGGCAGGCAAGAUGGUCUGGGAUGCAGAGGAAGGGCGAGAAAUUGCAUCCAGAAGCCUAGCAAGAGAUUCGGCUUUUCGACUUUUAUAUUUGUUUCUCUUGGGCGACUUCAAAUCAGAGGUCAAGGAUAGCAACGCAGCUUACAAUGCAACGUUGUUUGUUGUUUCUCAUCCCUCAAUUUUUAAGCCAAGAGCUAGGAAAAUGGUCCGAGAGGCAUUUGAGGAGCGGUUUAAUAUUUCGGACAAACAGCUAAAGGGGUUAAACAAGUGGUCAAUUGACAAUCCUGUAUCUGAAGAGGAAGAAGAUAUGACCACGACGGAGGAAAACACCGACUAUGAUCUGGAUUGGUCGUCCUAA